AUGUUCUCUACGUCCUAUGUUCACCGCUGCUUUUCGCUUCGGAGCACUUCACUUUCCCGCGCGGAACGCGUCUCCCAGUUGGAUGCAUGGCGUCUACGCGCCAGAACCGAAGAGUCGUCUCCUCUUCAACUCAUCGCUCCAUCGCCUCGCCGGGCAAUGCCAAAGCUUGUCUGGUUUCUCUGGAGCUACCUCCCGGCGCUGGCUUGGAAGGAGGUCUUGCUGCCAGAGCAUACUGUAGAGCUGGCGGGGGGAAAUGACGAUCCUCUGAAGACAUGGAUGGGUUCCCUAAAGUUCCGAGUGGAGUCCAACGAAACACAUGCAACAGUGGCCGGGGGAAUAAUGUCCUUCCAGUUUCAUGAUGUCUGGUGCUACGACAUAACCUUCGAGAAAAUCGAUACGCGCAAGAAGAGCCAGGGCACGGGAUUGCGCAUUGAGUUCUCUGGCGUGGGCUUGACCUGCAAGGGGAAGUGGAAAACCACAGGGUCACUGAGCUGGCUGGUCGUAGGAGAUGGAACCAUUACUGCCGAGAUAGAUACCACAAAGACCAACAAGGCUACGGCUCAGUUCUACCUGUACGGCAUCAACAGUCAGAACAGAUUUGACUAUGUCGAAACGGAUUACUGCUAUGCA